ACAAGGUCGCGUGAUAGUGUGCGCAGGCUCCCCAGUUCCUGCAAAGGCGUCAGACAAGGCGUCGCCCAACAGAAAUUUUCGUGGGUUUUUUUUGUUGUUGUUUUUGAGGUUGUCGUCCCGCCCUACCGUCCCCCCUCCAGCGCGGCCCUACUUCCGCUUCCGGUGCGUACUGUGGUCUUGGGUCCAAGAUGGUGGUGGCGGCGGUGGCUGCGUCGGCGUCCCGGGUGUUGCGGCAGCUGGGCCGGUCGCUCCCACAGCGGGGUCGGCCCAUGUCGAGUGGUGCCCACGGCGAGGAGGGCUCAGCUCGCAUGUGGAGGGCCCUCACCUACUUCGUGGCGCUUCCCGGGGUGGCAGUGAGCAUGCUCAAUGUCUUCCUGAAGUCCAAACACGGCGAGCACGAGAGACCCGAGUUCGUCGCCUACCCGCAUCUCCGCAUCAGGACCAAGCCUUUUCCUUGGGGAGAUGGUAACCAUUCCUUCUUCCAUAACCCUCAUGUGAAUCCACUUCCGACUGGCUAUGAAGAUGAGUGAAGACAACCCGGACCAUCACCCAGGCAGCAGGAAUCACAGCACGGUUUGGACCAUUCCUCUGCACAUGGACCAGAAAAGUGUAUGGGACCUUUCCUUGUAUCAAAUGAUGACCAUUAUACUGAUCUCCCAUCCCUUUGCCUGUGCAAGGAGGUGGCUUAAAUAAACAACUUAAACUUA